AUCAUCGUCGCCUAGUUGGAGUCGCGCCAAGCGAGCUGGCGACACGAAUUCGCGCCCAGCCCAUCGACCCUGCAAGGACGACGGCACGCCACUGCUGGCAUUUGUUUACGCUGUGCUAACGAGUGGACGAAGGCGCAGGGUUUGAUUUGCAGCGAUGGCUACCACCGUAGAGGACCCCAACCAGCGACCUCGCUACGUCGACUUCGACGGCUACCGCCUUUCCUGCGCGUUCCACGCCGACCUCCUCAAGUCGGCGCUGGAGUACAAGCCCAGCUCGGACGACGUGUUCGUCGUCACCUAUCCCAAGUGCGGCACGACUUGGGUGCAGCACAUCGUGUACCUCAUUUACAACGACGGCCAGAAACCGAAGGACGGCUUGGACUUUCUCAAGAACAGCCCGUUUCUCGAGAUGACCGGAGCCGGUUGCGUGCUGACGAUGAAGAGGCCCGGGAUCAUCAAGUCCCACCUCCCGUACUCCAUGAUGCCCAUGUCUCCCGAUGCGAAGUACGUGUACGUGUGCCGCAACCCCAAGGACUGCGUGACGUCAUUCUACUACCACACCAAGGGAUUCCCGGGCUACGAGUUCACCCGUGGUGCGUUCUCAACGUUCUUCGACAUCUUCUGCGAGGGCCAGACGGACUUCGGCGACUACUUCGAUCACGUGUUGGGGUGGUACGAGCACCGAAACGAUCCCAACGUUCUCUUUCUGCACUACGAGGACAUGAAGACUCAACCGCGAGAGAACGUGCUCAAGAUCGCCAAGUUCCUGGGCCAGUCGUACCACGACAGGCUGCUAGAGGACGCCACCUACCUCGAGAAUGUGCUCAGGUACAGCGACGUAUCUGCCAUGAAGCAGUACACCAACGACUCCCUGGUCCAGUUCUUCUCGAAGCCCUUGAACACCGAAGGCGGAGAGGAAGUUCCCGAGGGCCUGCAGCUGUUUCACAAAGCCACGCAUGACCAACCCAGCGAAGCCAAGCUAGUCCGCAAGGGCAUCGUGGGUGACUGGAAGUCGCACCUCACGCCGGAAAUGAACGAGAGACUAAACAGAAAGAUCGACGAGAGGCUCGCGGGCACGGAGUUCAUCGAGGUCUGGAAACGAUACGGCGUCAUAUGAAUUGCGCUGAGCUCGAGGCGUUUGCUCGAAGGUUUCGCUGCUGUCUACUUCGCGAGUGACGUAACGCUUACUGCUUGUCAUGCCCGCGUUAUGUUCACGCACUCGUAGACCCGUAUUUUCUACGCAAGCAAAGGCAGAGCGUGGGGAUUUUUAUACCGUGUCAAGGUACUGUGAGCCCCCUAAGCCUUCACUAGACAGAGAGAGAGGUACUAUAAUGAGUACUGGAGAGAUAUACCUAGCGGUACAUCUAUAGCGUGCUCCUCCAGAUAGGUACCAUGAAGAGUGGUGCACACAGUGUGCAGCAGAUACAACACAUACGUAAAACACACCAGUACACUAAACAAACUGUAAGGUGUUUCGAUAAGACCAGCGUCUCAAAAGAAAACUUAACAGUUAUUUUUUUAUGAAAUGCACAGGUAGUAUUUGUGCAUGUUUCGAGGAAGUCUCUUAGCUCAAUGGAGAGUCGUCUUUGAUGAUUUUUCCAUUUCCAACAUUAGGUCUGUGCCAUGUAGAUUACAUAGCCUGCAAGAGCAGAUUAAGUCGGCUGCGUCUACCCGUACGUCGCACGAAGGGCACAGUGGGGCCUUAUUUUUUUUAUUUUACGCAGAUUUAGUGUAGGCGACAUUUUGUCGAAUCCGGUGAAAGCUUUCGACGGUCAAUACUGUGCUCAUGGGCAUUAUGAGGUACACGCUAGAGCGUUCAUUGGUCCACAAUAUCCCAUGUGUUGUUUGCACACCCCAGGAAAGACAUAAUAAGACAUGGAAAGAUUCACAGCAGCAGAUGUUCUAUGACUUCUCACAGCAUUUCCCUGUCGUACUACACAUUUGUAACAAGGAGAUGUGUACUCGUUUUGGCAAUGUUUUCUCGCUUAAAGUACCAGUUGCUUGCAAAAGUUGUGCCAGCAGGUAUCGCACGACAGUUUUGCUUCAUUGCAUUCCGCGCAUGCCACACGAAACAUCGCUCGAACUAGGCUUUCCAUAACUCAGUGCCAAACGUGUGACCGUGCACUUAGGUUUCAGCCCCCGAGUUCGACCUCGCAGGCAUUUUAUAUACUUUACAAUUAGAAUACGGCUAGCAGGUACGCAUUUCGUCAAGUCAUGGGG